UGGCUAUAAAUGAACCAUUGCGGGAGCUCCGACGCUCAGGGCAUCGGCUUCGAUCCCUCGUCUCGCUUCCGGCUUCGGUUCGAUCCCCUCCUUUCGGAUUACUUCAGCAUCCGAUUCUUUCACCAGGUGUUCUGUUGAAUAAUGCUUGGUAGGAGUUCAGAGUCGGGAGAUUUGGACAUUUGGUUUAAGCGCCUCAUUGUGUCUGGUGGUGGAGGGAAGAUGGAGGGGGCAGGGGAUGUCAUGACAGGUUGGAAGGACCUCCCUAUGGAACUUUUGCUGCGAGUCCUGUCUCCAGUGGACGACCGGACUGUGAUUGUGGCUUCAGAUGUUUGUACCAGCUGGAGAGAUGCACUGCGGUUGGGAAUUACUAGUAUUUCUCUAUCAUGGUGCAAGUACAACAUGAACAGUCUUGUGAAAUCGCUUGCCCCUAAGUUUGUGAAGCUGCAGGUGCUGACACUUCGACAAAAUUAUCGACCUCAGCUUGAGGAUGAUGCUGUGGAGACUGUUGCUAGGUACUGCCAUGAUUUGAGGGAUCUAGACCUUAGCAAAGGCCUGAAACUGAGUGACCGCUCUUUGUAUGCUUUGGCCGAUGGAUGUCCCCACCUAACAAAACUAAACAUCAGUGGCUGUGAAGCCUUCAGUGAUUAUGCUCUUGUAUACCUGAGUAGUUGCUGCAAAAACCUGAAAAACUUGAACCUUUGUGGAUGUUCGGCAGCUGCAUCAGACAGAGCUCUACAGGCUAUUUCAUUUAAUUGCCCUAAAUUGCAGUAUUUGAAUUUGGGCUGGUGUGAAGACAUCAGUGAUGAAGGAGUUACCAAUUUGGCAGUAGGUUGCCCUGAUCUCAGGGCGUUGGACUUGUGUGGCUGUGUUCAUAUAACAGAUAAAAGUGUGAUUGCAUUGGCGAAUGGCUGUCCGCAUCUGAGAUCUCUUGGCUUGUAUUACUGCCAAAACAUCACUGAUCGGGCCAUGUACUCGCUCGCAAACAGCCGUGCAAGGAACGACACUCGGAUGUGGCAGAACAGCAGCCAUGACCAAGAAGGACUAGUGAACCUGAACAUCAGCCAGUGCACGGCCUUGACACCUCCGGCAGUCCAAGCUGUUUGUGACUCAUUCCCAGGGCUUCAUACCUGCCCCGGAAGGCACUCACUCAUCAUCAGCGGCUGCCUCAGCCUCACUUCUGUUCACUGUGGUUGCACCUUUCAAACUUCCCGUGCCGGUGGAGCAACUUUAGCGGGUGAUGCUUAGCACAAGUACCAGUCUCUGUACAUAUGUGCUCGACACAACAUUGCUACACCAAUGUAAGAUCUUUAGAAUUUAGAACUCGAACAAGUGUUCUGGUUGUCUGUUUCCUUUCUUGGCUUCUGAGUAUGACUUUAUAUAUGGAUAUAGUCUUUAUGUGGUUGCUUCA